AUGGCGCCAGGCCCCGGCCCGGCGUAUCCUGGCUACUAUGCCCCCCCCGGGGGCGCGUUCUAUCCGGCCGCAGGUCAGCCUCACCCCGGCCACUUCAUGCCGAUGGGAGCUGCCCCAGGCUACGGCGGCCCCUACCAGCACUAUCCGCAGCACUAUCCGCAGCAGCACCCGCAGUUCGGCUACCCGCACCCGCAAUUCGGCUACCCGCAGCACCCGCCCCACGGGCACAUGUAUGGUCCUGGCCCGGGUGCGGGGCCUGUGUCCGUGCGCCCCAGGGCGGAGGCGACCCCGCGGCCGGGGGGUGGCACCCGGCCGGGUGCUGGCAACCGGCCGGCCGCCGCUCCCGGGGCCGCUGCCACUAUCGAUACCUCCAAGCCCGAAAGGCCGAUCUCCCAGCAUAAUCUGAGCGGCACCGAGUGGCGCAUUGUCAACACCAGCCAUGGGCGUCGGUACUUCUUCCAUGUGCCGACCAAACAGUCCCACUGGAGUGUCCCGGCCGAGAUCCGCGACGCGGUCAUCGCGUAUGAUAUUGAGAAGAGCGGCGGGCUGUCAGAUGCCACGACCAAGGCCAGCGCCGAUGACAAGGACGCAGCUACUGGCACCAAUGGCGGCGAUGCGGAGGAUGCCCCCGACCGCCAAGAAGCUGCUGCGGCCCAGGAGCCUGGCGUCACUGGCGCCGAGGUUCAAGAGGCCCGAGACUCCCCCAUUGAAGAGCCCGAUGCCCCGAGUCAGGCUGCCGGCGAUCUUGAGGAUGCCUCUGUCGAGGAUGACUUCGAUGAGGCAGCCAUGCUGGCUGAGCUGGAGGCCGAGGCCGACUUCCGCGACGACUGGGAGGAGGCCGAGGCGGCCCAGGCGGCGGCGGUGGCAGCAUCAGGCCCGGGGGCGGCCGAGGUGGCCCAGCCCCAGUCCAUGGCCGGCGCCUUUGGCAUGGGACACGCGCCCGGGGGCCCCGUCAGCCGGCCGCGGGCACCUCACCCGGCCGAUCGGUAUGUGGCCUUCAAGGAGAUGCUCCGCGAUCGGGGGGUGUCCCCCUUCGCCGAUUGGGCCAUGGAGAUCCCCCACUUGAUGGCCGAUCCGCGGUAUCACACUGUCCCUUCGCUGAAGGAGAAGAAGAAGGCCUUCGAUCAGUACUGUCGCGAGGUCAGCCGGUCGGGCGGUACGCCGGCGGUCGCGGCGGCCCCCCCUCGUCCGGGUCCCACUCUCGAUGAGGAACGGGAAUUCCAGGCGCUGAUCCGGGAGCAUGAGGCCGCUGGUCGAGUCACGGCCGGGUUGACCUCCUUCCGGGAUUUUUCGCGCUGGGCAUCUGGCGACCCGCGCUUCGGUGAGCGUGAUGUGGCCGAGCGCCUGUUUGAGGAUUUCCAAAAUGAAGCCCGCCGGAAGAUGGGCUUGCCGGUGAUGGCCCCGAGCCGGGGAUCCGCCUCGGGCGUGGCUGGUUCGGCCGCCGGGCGGCCCACUUCCUCCAGUCGGCCGGCCCGGGACCCGAGCCACACCCUCUUGCGUCUGGGCGGCCGGCGGCCGAGCGCGCGCGAGCAGCGUUUCCACGAUGCCGAGGGCGGCUUCCUGGACCUGUUGCAUGAGCAUCUGGCACACUUGUUUGAGCCGGCGCCCAGUGGCGAGAUGGAGCCGAUUUCCUGGCCACGCGCGCGUCGGCGCCUGGAGGCGGAUGCACGCUUCGGUCGCCUGCUGGAUACGCAUGCCGACUUGGAUCCGGCCGAAGAGGCGGCCCUGGUCUCGGGCGGGGCGCCUGCGCCGGCUGCCCGGCUGUACGACCUAUUCAUGGCUGACCCGACGUCGCGAGUCCGGGCAGCGGAAUCGGCCACCGAGGCGGUGGAGCAACGCCAGCGCGAGGAGAGGCGCAGGCAGCGCGAGCACCUCGAGGCCCAGGCGCUGGCCAAGCGUGCCCGGACGGUGGAGGUCUCGCGCGCUCGCCAGGACCGUGCUGUGGGUGCCUCGCUUGAGAGUGCCACUCGGCGCCUGGCAGUGGAUACCUUCCGUGCCCUGCUAGUGGACUACAUCCGUGGCGGGGAGGACAUCGAGUGGACCUCCGAGCGCGAUUUGCUGGCCCGAGCGGAGGCGACCGCCCAGCAAUCCGAUGGGACUACACCGGGGCUGCACCCGGAUCUGGCCCGCCUCUUGCGAGAUAGCCGGUACCGGCAGCACUGCGCUGGGACGACGGUCCUCGGUGACUCGGAGCGUCGGGAUAUGCUGCAUGCGCAUCUGGCCGGCAUGACUUCCCGGCAUCGGCCGCAAUUCGAACGCAUGGUCCAGGCGAACCUGUCCAGCGGGGAGAUCAUUGUCUCGGACUUUGCCACCGCCCUCGGGAUGCUGACUAGCCGCGAGAAUCGGAGCUCCAGUAGCCGGACCGGGGCCCAGCGCAGCCUGGCCCUAUCGGUGGAUGAUCUCUUGCAGCGGGGCCUGCCGUUGGAAAGCUGGUUCGAGGAUUUGCAGCGCGUGGUGCUGAAUACCGCGUGGGAUGAGCUGCGCCAACUGCUGGACAGCAGCUCCUUCGUGGCCUUCCAGAUCGAGGAUGCCGUGUUGGCGGCCAUCAACCAGCAGCCGGGCUUGGCCACCAGUGGCGAGGGGGCCGACUCGGCCACCGGCGACGGGGAUAUCCUUUCGGCCCUGGAGGGGCAUGUGCCGACUGGGCGAGUUGGCGCCCCGCGGCCACGUCACGAUGACGACCCCGCGCGACCGAUUGUUGGCCUCUUCCACGCGGAUGGGACCCCGGUGGCCGGAUCGGCGCGAGAUGCCCCCGGUGCGGAUCCGGCCACCGGCGAGCAGGCUCCAGCCGAGAAGGAGAUCGACACGCGGACCAUUGCCGAGCGCGUGGAUACCCCCCUGCGUGAGGCCAUUGUGGCCAAGAUCGCCGCUGGCCUGGAGACCGAUGCGCGGUUUUCCAUCUUCUCGGCCGAGGGGUCGCUCAGCCACCAGCGGAUGGUUAUCUUGCGGGAGUUCGUCGAUGCGGCCAUCAACCGGAUGUCGAGCGAUCACUCCACGCGGCCGGUCAUUCAGCGCGUCGAGUGA